UGCAGUUCAUGGGGGUCACAGAAUCAGACAGGACUUAGCGACUGAACAAAAACAAUAAUCCCACUAACUGUUAGUCCUCUUUGGCAUUUUGUUACAUAUUAUAAAUUUUUUAAAAUGGUGGGGGCCCAGGUUUGAUCCCUGGUUGGGGAACUGAGAUCCCGCAAGUGUGCGGUAGAGCCAAAAAAAGAAAAAGAAAACUACAGUCAGUUUUUUUUUGGUUUUGAUAAUUGAAAAUACAGCACUCUAGUGUCAGAAUGGAUGGUGUCAGAUGCUUUCAUGGUUUGGUAACAGAAACUCAAGUAAAUUUAUCUCCUGUUAUGGUACUCUGAUGUACAGGGUGGGGUGCUGCUUAAUUAUGAAGAUGACAGACUUCUCUGAGACUCUUAGGUUGUCAGCUUAAACUAGUUCAGUGACAUAGGCUUUUUUAUUUUUAUUUUUUUCCUCACUGCCAUUUCCUGCCUGAAUGGAAGGCCCAGUUUCUUUCUGUGGACACUUGUCAAGCCCAGGGCCACUAUUUCUUCAAGCAGAGGAAGAAGCUGAUACUAGACUCUUAAUUUCUGAUUAAAUGUAAAUAUUUUAGAAAUAAGUUAGCACUCUUAAUUCACGGGAAGAUAAAUACUCAUUAAUCUCUUCAACAUUGUGGUCUACACACACACCCACACACCCACACACACCCCUGUGCCUAUUGUUACUGGUCAGAGUCCACAUUUACUCUUCACUGACAGCUGAUCUGGGUACAGAGCAGCAGUUCUGGGGCCAUAGUCUGCUUGAGCAGAAUCGUCUCUUUCUCGGGACCAGUGCACAGUGCGUGGAGAUUAUCUAGGCUACUGGGUAGGGUCCCCUUGGAGUUCAGGUAUUUUUAUUUUAGGAAAUAUGAAGGUAGGGUCCUUUUUUUUUAGAAUUUUAGAAGAUUUAGUUAAAAGCACAUGGAUUGUACUGGGGGUGAAUUUAUAUGCAGAUAAAUCCAGUUUAGGUGUCUUAGGUAGUUUAGUAGUCAGAUGGUCUGGGCUUCUUCCUUCUUAACUCUUUGUCUUUAGGCAAGUUAAACAGCUUCUCUGAAGCUCCAUCCCUCAUCUGUAAAAUGGGGAUGGUAAUGAUACGCGUCUCACGGGGUUGUUGUGAAGAUUCAGUGAAAUAAGAACUAUGAAGUGCUAAUAGAGACUUAGAAAACUCCAGUGAACCUAAGGAUGGCGGGCACUGGUUUGGUGGCCGGGGAGGUUGUGGUGGAUGCGCUGCCGUAUUUUGAUCAGGGUUACGAAGCGCCUGGUGUUCGCGAAGCGGCUGCGGCAUUGGUGGAGGAGGAAACUCGCAGAUACCGACCUACGAAGAACUAUCUAAGCUACCUGACGGCCCCAGAUUAUUCUGCUUUUGAGACAGACAUAAUGAGAAAUGAAUUUGAAAGACUGGCUGCUCGACAACCAAUUGAAUUGCUCAGUAUGAAACGAUAUGAACUUCCAGCCCCUUCCUCGGGUCAGAAAAAUGACAUUACUGCAUGGCAAGAGUGCGUAAACAAUUCUAUGGCGCAGUUAGAGCAUCAGGCAGUCCGAAUUGAGAAUUUGGAACUAAUGUCCCAGUAUGGAUGCAAUGCCUGGAAAGUGUAUAAUGAAAAUCUAGUUCAUAUGAUUGAGCACGCACAGAAAGAGCUUCAGAAGUUAAGGAAACAUAUUCAAGACUUAAACUGGCAACCAAAGAACAUGCAACUCACAGCUGGAUCUAAAUUAAGAGAAAUGGAGUCAACCUGGGUAUCCCUGGUCAGUAAGAAUUAUGAGAUUGAAAGGACUAUUGUACAAUUAGAAAAUGAGCUCUUUCAAAUGAAGCAGCAACACGGAGAGGCAAACAAAGAAAACAUACGGCAAGACUUCUGAAGUAGACUGGCUUGGUGGGUAGAGUGGAAGGUACGUUGGGCUUUCACAGAACAUCAGGCAUCUUAACUAUGAAGAACAUCAGCAUCUUUUGGAAGCCAUCAGUGGUUAUAUGUUUAGAAACCGUAAAUGUGGAUAGUUGUAUUCUGUUUGUACAUUUUAGCAAAAUAAAAAACUUCAACAUGGAAAAAAAAAAAAAGAACUAUGAAGUGCUAAUAGACACAGUUCCUGGCAUGUGAAACGUGCUUGGUAACAAUUCUAGCUUAUCAAUACACAUCUGACUGUAAAUCUUUUAAGUGCAUUGAUUGUCUUCAUGCUAGAGAUGACUCUUGUCCCUGACGAAGCUUGAGACUAAAUCAGGCUCUCAGGCCACCUCUGCUCCUGUCUGCUCAGAGCCCUCACUCAUCCAGCACAGAGAAGCAUUGCUUCCCUCCCAUGCUGGGCUCUGGCCCUGGAUCCGUCUUCUCAGCUUCCCCCUGCAAGCGGCUCUGCCUGCCUCCUCUUCCCUCUCUCCUGCUCUGUCCCUCCAUCCACCUGCCU